AUCGCGUGCCAGAGCUUGCACAUUCGCGAGACACAGUGGCAACCUUUCAAACGUCCCAAAGUUGUUUGCGUGCAAAAUAUUAAGUGUUUGAGUCAGUGGUUCGCACAGGUAGUGCCACAACGCUUCUAGGUUAAAGAAGGGCAAAGCACAAUGGCUCCUAGCAGAAGGACGACGAAAGCCAAGACACAUGUCUUGAAGAACACGGAUCUUAGAACCAUCAUUGAGCCUGCGGAUCCAGACGAGGUUGCCUUCACGGCCACGAAGGUUGUGGUGACAAUCGGCCCUGCUUGCCGAGAUGUCGACACCCUGUGCAGGAUCUUGGAUGCCGGUGCAACCUGUGCUCGACUUGACCUCACGUGGGGCUCCCUGGACUUCCACAAGAAGUCCCUGUCCAACCUGGCGGAAGCCAUGCGCAAGACGCGCAAGCUCUGCGCGAUCGUGGUGGACACUAUUGGCAGGGAGCUGAUUGUGAACCGGCCCACCACUGACGAGGAGGACGGCUGGCCCAAGUUUGAGAAGGGCAUCAGUGUCAAGGCCAACGACACGGUGAUCCUGACGACAAAGGAGGGCGCCACACUGAGCGGCAACACUCUGCCGGUGAGCUACCCCAAGUUCACAUCCAUGGUGCAGAAGGGCGACACCAUCUUCCUGGGCCGCUACCUCGUCACUGGCUCCGAGGAGUCCUCGUGCUACCUCACGGUGGAGGAGGUUGGGAAGGAGGACGUGUCAUGCACGGCGCGAAACAGCGCUGACCUGGACGGGCUGCUGACGGUGUUCCACACUGAGCGCUCGGCUAACACGCUGCAGAACGUGCAGAACGAUCUGCCGAUCCUCAGCGACUAUGACAAGAAGGCGCUCAAGGCGCUGCUGUCGCACUUCGAGAUCGACUUUGUGUCGCUGUCCUUCGUGCGCGAGGCCGAUGACGUCCACGCUGCGCGCGAGUUCCUGGACUCCAUCGGCCACACCGCCACCAAGCUGAUGGCCAAGUGCGAGACGCGGCAGUCGCUGUUCAACUUCCAGAGCAUCGCCCAGGCCUCGGACGCGAUCAUCAUGAGCCGCGGCAACCUGGGCUUGGACGUGCUGCCGGAGAAGAUGGCGCUCGUGCAGAAGGCUGUCAUCUCCAACAGCAACCUCAUCGGCAAGCCAGUCCUCAUCACACGUGUCGUCGACACCAUGGUCAACACCCCACGCCCCACUAGGGCUGAGGCGACGGAUGUAGCAAAUGCGGUGCUGGACGGUGUGGAUGGAAUUCUCCUGGGAGCAGAGACGCUGCGGGGCAAGUACCCAGUGCAGACGGUGCAGACCAUUCUGGCCAUCUGCCGCCAGGCCGAGAAGGCCUUCGACCACAAUUACCACUUCGAGCACCUCAUGUCUCACACAGGCGCCCCGCUCCUCUCCAAGCUGGAGUCCAUUGCAUCCUCCGCCGUCCGCGCCGCCGACAAGGUCGGCGCUAAGCUCAUCAUCGUCUACACGCAGUCCGGUCAGACGGCGAGCCUGGUGAGCAAGUACCGGCCGCCCAUGCCCAUCCUGACGCUGGUCAUCCCGCAGCUGAAGAACGACGGCAUGCGCUUCCAGCUCGUCGGCCGCGGCGUCGCGCGCCAGUGCCAGAUCCAGCGCGGCCUGCUGCCAGUCCUCGCCGCGCCAUCCCCCUCCGGUGAGACUCUGCUCCAUGAGGCCGUCCAGAUGAGCUUGAGAGUGGGGCUCGUGAACCCCAACGACCACAUUGUGGUCGUCCAGAUGAUCAGCGAUGCAUUUGUUGUGAAGAUUUUGUCAGUGGACGAAUUGGGCGGCGGCAUCAAGGCCAUCAGGCCCAAGUCACUCAUGGACAUGAUGAAGGUCAACACUCUCUGGGCUGAACAGCAGCAAUGCUCCCUCCCAUUCUUGCAUUAA